ACAGGCUGAGAUCCCAAGUCUGACCCUGCGAGCCCUGGACUUUCCCCCCGUACCCCUCCCGGUGCUGCUGCCUCAGGCCGCCGUCGGAGAUGCUGCGCAAGUUGCCGCGUGGUGCGCCGUAGCGGCUAUCGCGGGCAUCUGGCCUGUUCCCAUUCCUCCGCGUCAGUCUACAAGUUCCACUCUUCAUCUCUUCGCAGUCGUCCCGGUUGACACCAUGGCCGAUUAUCUGUAUGAGCUGCUGACUCCCCAUCUGGCCUCUCCGGAUGGCUCCUCUCUGGCGCCCGAGCACAACGUCACCACGGCUCAAUACCUCAAUCGAUUGCCCACCCUCUCUCUGCAGGCGUUGCAAGAAACCGAAUCUCAGUCGCUAGCGCAAUCCUCCCAUUCCACCCUGCUCUCGCUCCAAGCCCUGUCCAAUCGUUCCCACAAGACCUUCAUCACCUCCUCCGACGGCCUAUCAAACCUGCGCACCUCAAUCCCCCAGUUGACGCGAGACGCUCAGCAGCUUCGAGAUGCAAUCCCCAGACUCGACGAAGAGGCCGUCCAAUUCGCGUCCAAGUACAGCCGCGCCGCGGAAAAUGUGGCUCUGGAGCAGCGCAAAAAGGCCAUGCAGCUGGCGCGCAACGUUGACCGACUCUCCGAUAUUUUAGAGUUGCCCACUCUGUUGUCGACGACGGUCUCUUCCGCCGCGGCCAGCUCGGGUGCGACGACGGGCUCGUUUUCUACAACCUACUCGGCGGCUUUGGACCUAUACGCUCAUAUCAAGAGACUGCAAACCCUGUAUCCCGAUUCGCCGCUGGUCAAGGAUGUCGUGCUGCAAGCCGAGGAUGCCAUGAAGGAUAUGACUACGAACCUUAUUGCCGGUCUCCGGGCUCAGAACCUUCGACUCGCCGCGGCUAUGAGGACAGUCGGAUGGAUGCGCCGAGUGGCUCCCGAAUUGGAGAGCCUCCGGAGCGAUGGUGGGACUGGCUCCGGAGAAGGUGCUCUGGGAGCCUUGUUUCUGGUCUGUCGACUGGCGAACCUGGUGUCUACGCUGGAGGCAUUGGACCCCUUGCGGGAACUCGCAGAUCAGGAGACGCAGCGGAGAACGCAGAGCAUUGAGCGAAAGGACGGCACCGCCACUUCGUGGUCUGCGGGGCACCAAACCGAGAAGUUUUUGAAACGGUACAUUGAGAUCUUCCGUGAGCAGAGCUUCGCCAUUGUUUCUCUGUACAAAAACAUCUUUACCCCGGACCAGUCCGAGUCGGAUCUCGCCGUGGCGGGAUUACGGGGAAUUGAUGCGCGCAUCAAAGCAGCCCCGGCGCCCCGGCAGGAUGACCCGCUGCAGUCCCUCCCUUCGGCCCUGGCGACGUUUCCCAUGCAUCUGGUGCAGUUGCUGACGGGAACCUUGCGGGCCUAUCUGCCCAACGUGCAGGACAAAAGCUCGCGGGAGAGUCUACUCACGCAGGUCCUCUACUGUGCCGCUAGUCUCGGGCGGCUGGGUGGAGACUUCGGGAUGAUUCUGACCGAGCUGAGUGACGGAGACGACGCAGACGAGGUGGCCUACGAGUGGGAAGAGGUGACGCAGAAACACCGAGCGUUGGCCGGACGCCUGGAGCAGCUCACGAAUCCCAAGGACAAAGAGUCUCGACGGGCGUAGAGAAAACAAAGCGGAUGUUUCUAAAAAGGGGAGGUCAGCACACCCGCGCUAAACCCAACGGGGCACUAGCGUCGGGCGCCGGGUGACCUCCGCCUUUCAACGUUGUCUGGACCUUCUUCCCUUUCCCUUCUCUCUCCCUCAUGGAUUCCCCCGGGCUUCGUUGUCUCGUCUUUGAUUUCCUCUGAAACCCUUCCGUCCGUGGCUGGUGCGGGCUCUGCGACCUGCUUUGUUCCGCUUCCUUUGACGCCGUGUUUUGUGUGACGUUUCUCCCUUGCGGUGAUCUCCGAAGGAACAUAGAUCUUGACCGAAACUUCUGGCUAUAUACCCGGCUUUUCCUCAGCACCUAUUCCCUAUGGCUGCCUCCGCUAUUCCCUCCGGCGGGUUGAUCGACCCAAACAAGC